GGUAGGAAGCUUUGGACUAUGAUACACAUGCGCAUGAGGCUCUGACGAUGCUUACCGAGUCCUUCAUUGCAGCCACCCUCACUGCAAAUAAGGCUGUUGCACAUGCCAGCGCUUCACUCAAGGAUGUAGGCAUUUUCCUCCAUGAAUUCCAGCCUCAAAGUACAUUCCGUCAUGGUUACAAGAAGAGUUCCAGCCGACCGGGCUGUGUAGCCACCACUGACUCUCACAUCUUUGCUGCCCAAGCAGACAAGGCCGUCGUCAAUGUCUACAGCCGAGAACGUGGAAAUCAAGAGGCGACUGUGCCCUUCCCAGAGAGAAUCCACAGUCUUGCAUUUGCUCAGGACGCCGCGAUACUUGUGCUUGGGACCGAGGGGGGAAAGCUCAUUCUUUGGGAGGUGGCCACCGGUAGAUUGACCACGUCGGCUGCCGCACACCUUCAGUCGGUGUCUUGUUUAUGCAUCACUCCUAAGAACGAAUACAUCAUCUCAGGCUCUGCUGACUCAAGUCUCCAUGUGUGGUCCUUGCUGAAACUUGUGUCCCUCCUGCAACCAACCGAUAACUUCCAAACCCAAGAACCAUCCAGGUCGCCCAUACAUACCUUCUCCGGCCACAGGUCGGCUGUCAGUGCAGUAGAUUGCGGUCAUUCUAAGGUCAACACGAAUUUUGCCGUGUCAGCCUCCGACGAUGCAACUUGCCACCUCUGGCAUAUACAAUCUGGCCAGAUCCUGCGUACCUUGUUACUGCCUUCUGCCGCAGUUUCCAUCACUCUAGAUCCGGCGGAUCGGGCUAUUUACUUUGGCUGUAAUGAUGGCCGAAUCCAAUCUUUCGAUAUCUUUGGGCAAGCACAAGAAGAGAAGACAUCAUUAUCCGGCUCUGCAGGGGCGCCCGCCAUAGAGCUAAGAGACGGCGAUAGCUGGGUUGCCCCAGCCGCCGACAUAGGAGCAGCCCGAAGUCUGACUUUGUCUUAUGACGGGAGCACACUUCUCUCUGGACACCAAAAUGGAGCCGUUGUCCGUUGGGAUGUGGCAAAACACCGCAUCACAAACGAGAUCACAAACCUAGGUCAACCUGUCACACAUAUUGAGAUGUUUGAGCCAGAAGGAUUUCCCAACCGAUGCAAGCCACGAUCCACAGUCGUCAACGUCGUCAAACCGAAUUUGGAGCUCACCUCUUCCAUUGACCACGGCACGUGCGGCGUUCCUGCGAAGUACAAUCUUCAUAUCAGACAGUCUGCCCAGAGACCAGGGGUUGAAAUGGAUCCUUUCGAGCAGGCUAUUUCAGGAUCUGGGUUUCCUCAAGCCAUGUUGGACGAAGCUUUGCGAUCCAUCACGGUUGGGGAGCAGGGCAAUCUCGCUCCUAGCGUAAAUGGCGGCAAUAACGCGAAGGCGGACGGGCUAGAGGACGAAGUCGCUCGGCUGAAGCAGCAGAUUGUGGUUCUGCAGAAUGUCGAGCAGAAACACAGGCAACAGAAAUUGGCAAAGAUGAAAGUUCUGGAUGGAAUAGAUCUGGAAAAGAGAAAAGCAUAUUUUGAGGCCAAGAAGAAAGGCGAAGACGGCGAUGUAGCCAUGAAGGCAUUCGAGGAGAAGAAGGCUCUAGUCGAACUCGGGAGUGAUGAGGAUGACUCUGAUGAUCAUAUGGACGUUGGUUGAGCCGCUGUGGAGGUAUUCUCUGCACAUUGGGAAUGAACUACUGCUUGCUCCGGCCAAACUUCGUAUCUGAAGCCUUAUUGUCUUCACGAUUGCCCAACACAGAACUGUUCGUCACGCGGGGCGCAAGGCCACAGUAAGCACAGCGACGAGACAUCUGCCCAUUG